GCAGCUGAUGAGCCUGCCUACCUAACAGUGGGAACUGAUGUCAGUGCUAAAUACCGGGGUGCCUUCUGCGAGGCAAAGAUUAAAACCGUGAAACGGCUGGUAAAGGUCAAGGUUACCCUUAAACAAGAUAACUCUACCCAACUAGUUCAGGAUGACCAGGUGAAAGGUCCUUUACGGGUUGGAGCUACCGUGGAAAUGAAAGCACCUGAUGGGUCUCUGCAGGAAGCAGUUAUAAGUAAGCUGACAGAUGCCAGCUGGUACACUGUGGUGUUUGAUGAUGGUGAUGAAAGAACGUUAAGACGGACUUCUUUAUGUUUGAAGGGGGAGAGGCACUUUGCAGAGAGUGAGACUUUAGACCAGCUUCCGCUAACCAAUCCUGAGCACUUUGGCACUCCGGUCAUUGGGAAGAAAUCCAACAGGGGAAGACGGUCGUCCCUUCCAGUGACAGAAGAUGAGAAAGAAGACAGCAGCAGUGAAGAGGAAGAUGAUGAUGUGAAACGCAUUGGAGAUGAAUUACUGGGCAAAGUAGUCAGCGUCAACUGCAGCUUGACGAAUGAGUGUUACCCUGCUGUGGUUGUAUCUCCUAGUUGCAGUGAUGAAACGUCUGUGAAAAAAGACCAGUGUUUGGUGCGAUCGUUCGCAGAUGCAAAAUUCCACUCUGUUGCAAGGAAAGAUCUUGAGGAACUUGACAUCAAUACUUUGAAAUUGGAAAGCUCUAGCAAACCUGGUUUAAAGGAAGCCACAGCUUUCCUGAAGUCACGGGCAGUCCCCGACAGCUGGAAAAUGGACAUGAGUGAAAUCCUGGAAUCUUCCAGUAGUGAUGAAGAAGAUGGGGAGGUAGAUGGUAGUGAUGGAGAACAGAACAAAGAGGAAGAAGAGCAAGCAGAGCCUGAGGAGGAGGCAGACCCUGCAGAAAGGGACAACUUCCUACAGCAACUUUACAAGUUUAUGGAAGACAGAGGAACCCCAAUCAAUAAGCCUCCAGUAUUGGGAUAUAAAGAUCUGAAUCUUUUCAAGCUUUUUAGGCUAGUCUAUCACCAGGGGGGUUGUGACAAUAUUGAAAGUGGUGCUGUAUGGAAGCAAAUUUAUAUGGACCUUGGCAUUCCUAUUUUAAACUCUGCUGCAUCCUACAAUGUAAAAACCGCGUACAAAAAGUAUUUGUAUGGGUUUGAAGAGUAUUGCCGCUCUGCAGAAAUUAAGUUUAGGACUAUUCAUCAUCACAAUGAUCCCCAACCAGUAGAGGAGAGUCCGACACAGGAAGAAGAAUCAAUGGAGAACAUCGACCAGACCGAACCUGAAACCCCGCCUAUCAGUGUUAGUGUCAAGGAAGAUGACGACACAGAUUCUAGCAGCGACAAUGAAAAAGAGGAGAUUGAAAUGAAGUCUCUAAGGGCGAGGCGAAGACCCGUUAUCUGUGCAAACUCAUCUACAAAUGAGCAGGAAGACUCUGAGAAAAGAAAAGAGAGCAACAAAGAAAACAAAGAUGUGGAAGAGGACGAUGACAGACCUGAGGAAAAGAAGGAAAAUGAUGCUACUCCUCUGAGGAGAAGCUUAACUAGCAAGGGGAAGGAUCGGAGAAUUCAGAAACCAGAGGACUCGGAGAGAGAAUCUGAUGAGGAGGAUGACAAACUAUCUGAUGUAAGAGAUGAAAUGGAGAAUAAAGGAGAAAGUGAGGAGGAUGAGGAUUCGGAAGAAAAAGAUCGUCUGGCAGGCACCAAAGUAAAAGUUAAAUACGGACGUGGGAAAACCCAGAAAAUCUAUGAAGCCAAUAUUAAAAGCACAGAGGUAGAUGGUGGAGAGUUGUUAUACCUGGUGCACUACUAUGGCUGGAAUGUAAGAUAUGAUGAAUGGGUUAAAGCUGACAGAAUCAUCUGGCCUUCAGAGAAAGGUGGAUCAAAGAGAAAACUAAAGAAAAGAAUAAAAAACAAAGAUGAAAAUGACAAGGAUGAAAAGAGAGAGGAAGAAAAACAAAAAGCAAAGGGACGAGGCCGUCCUCCUUUAAAGUCACAGCUUCUGUCUAAUGUAACUUGUGCUGUUCCCAAGACUCUAAAUAGUGAAGGCAAAGCAUCUGGCAAACACACAAAGAACACGCCUGACAACUCUUCCUUAUCAAAUGGAUUGGAAGGAACAAUUCGGAGGAGAACGAGAAGGAGUUCUGGAAUGUACGACUCGGAUAGAUGCUCCAAUGAUUCCUCUACAUCUGAUAGCGAGUCAGAAGAAAAUACCGAAAAGGUGCCUGUGAAUGAAGAGGAGCCUUUGCCAAAUGUUGAAAAAGAAUCUGAGGAAAAACCAGACAAUUCACCCGAGAGGAUGCCCGAGCCAGAGGCCGCCCAGGUCAUUUAUGUUGUAAAGGAGCAGGAAAACAGUCCAAUAAAGCCAGCAGAAACGCUAAAGCAAGAAGUGGAAGAGAGUGAGCAAAUCGUUCAGAUUUAUGGGAAGCAAACAGAACAAAUUGAAGAACUAAAGAAAGAAGCAGAAAACCUGCCAAAGCCUAAGGGUAGGAGAAGUAAAACAAAGGAACCUUCUCCAGACAACACAAAAACUUUGCCGGCCACUCAGGAAGAUAAUGUGGAAGAACCUAAGGCAGAACCUGAAACUUUAGACUUUGUUCCAUUUGCUACACUGCAAAGUAAGGAAUUGCCCCUUACUGUGAAGGAGGUGGACCUGCCGAAUGACCCAUUGACUAAGGAAAAGAAAGGGUUUAAGAGGAAACCAAUGGAGCAAACCUCUCCAGAGAAAAAGCCUCGAACAGAGAGUGAUCUGGAACUGCCUAUCAUCACACCCGAGGAGAAACCUACAGAAAUCUGUGAGACUCAGGAAAACUUUGAUGCCAUUAAGGAGGAAGAGCUGCAGAAUGUAAAUGAUGAAAUGCCCUCCUUAACGGCUGAGCUAGAGCACGUACAGAGCAUGAGGACUGAGGACUAUGACGUGCAACUGAAUGACAUUACUGGGAUGUCCCAAAAGGAGGAACAAGACGAUGCCAUGCCCAUGAUUGGCCCCGAGACUCUGGUUUGCCAUGAAGUAGAUUUGGACGAUUUUGAUGAAAAAGACAAGGUAGAGGAUAUUCCCUUGGAGAAAGCAGAGCCUGACACACAGUCUCUACUUGCCCCUACACUGCCACCUGCUGUCCAGACUCAUAGUUACUCUGUGGCCUCUCCCCUUGCACUUAGCCACGAUGAGUCUCACAGUAUAAAAAGAGCGAGAGCGAUAUUACAAUUGAAGUGGACAGUGUGGCUGAAGAAUCACAAGAAGGUCUUUGUGAGAGUGAAUCAGCAAAUGGUUUUGAGGCCAGCACCACUUCCAGCAACUGCAGUAUGACAGCACAACAAGAAGCAGAGCUGCGCGACAAAGGGCAUAAACGGAUAAGUGAGAGUAACCUUGGAACACUAGCAAAAAAACAGAAGCGAACACCAAAGCGAAUGAGUGCUUCUUUGAAAAUUGAAAAGAAUGGGAUAGGACAAAGUAGUGACAGUGAAGACCUUUCUGCACUGGAUAGCUCAAGUAAAUGUGCUGCAGUUAAACUUACCAACGUCCCUAAGCCUCAGAAGAUCGCAAGGUCGCCAGCUAGAAUCUCAUCACCUCAUAUAAAAGACAUUGAAAAAGAUAAACAUCGAGAGAAACACCAGCACUCAUCCCCAAGGACAUACAAAUGGACAUUUCAAAUCAAUGAAUUAGAGAAUAUGUCUGGCACAGAGAGGAUAGGCUUCCUCCAAGACAAAUUACAAGAAAUCAGAAAAUACUAUAUGUCUUUAAAGUCUGAAGUAGCCACAAUAGAUAGACGACGGAAACGGUUAAAAAAGAAAGACCGCGAAGUUUCUAACACAGGAGCAUCAAUGUCUUCAGCAUCUUCAGAAACCGGAAUGAGCCCUUCCUCGUCUUCUCCCCCACAAAACACGCUUGCUUUAGAGUGCAGGUGA